AUGGCCGGCCUUCUCACCACCUUUACCCUUCUCAGCAGCUGGGCAGUUCUACUUCUAGCCCAGAACACUCCCCAAAACUGCAUCUUCAGUCUCGUUGCAGAGGGCAACAUCCUCGGACAGGCCUACGAGGGUGUUGGUGGCCCGGCGUGCCCCGCCGACCUAGGCUCUGGAGGCAGCGAUAGCAGCAGCAGCAGCAGCAGCAGCAGCUCGGGCAGGUAUUACUACUACCUCGAUCUGCCGGAGGAUAUGCAUCGAAGCGGUGAUGCCUGUAGGACGGUGAGGACGGAUGUGGGGGUGCUGAAUGGGUUUGUUUGUAAUAAUGAGGGUGGAGGGGAGGGUGGGGGGGCGACUGCUACUGUUACCGCUACUGCCGCUGCUGGGUCUGGGUCUUCUUCGUCGGGGGAGGGCGCUGCGGGGGCCGGGGCGGUGACGACAAGUUGGGAUGGGGUGGUCGAAACUGUUACGUUGACUGUGCCCGGCACGUUUGAGACGGUGACGGUUACGCGUGGUGAGGGUUCGUAG